GAGCCUCGUAGAACUCUCGGCCCGCGCCGCCGGCGUCCACCACCAGACAGAGCAAAGCAAUCGUGGAAAACCCUUGCUGCCGCGCCGCCGCCUCGCCUCCGCCGCCUCAGAUCUCCCCACCACAAAGCCCCAACCCCGGCGCGACACCAAGCUCGCCACCAUGCCUGCGAUGAUGCAACCGCAGAUCAUCCUGCUCAAGGAAGGGACGGACACGUCGCAGGGGCGGGCGCAGGUGGUGAGCAACAUCAACGCGUGCACGGCGGUGGGGGACACGGUGCGCACCACGCUGGGGCCCUGCGGCAUGGACAAGCUCAUCCACGACGACAAGGGCGGCGUCACCAUCUCCAACGACGGCGCUACCAUCAUGCGCCUCCUCGACAUCGUCCACCCCGCCGCCAAGAUCCUUGUCGACAUCGCCAAGUCCCAGGACUCCGAGGUUGGUGAUGGGACUACAACCGUGGUGCUUCUUGCUGCUGAAUUUUUAAAGGAGGCAAAGCCUUAUAUUGAGGACGGAGUACACCCUCAUAGCCUAAUUCGUAGUUAUAGGACUGCUGGCCAUUUGGCAAUUGAGAAGGUAAAAGAACUGGCAGUUAGCAUAGAAGGGAAAAACCUUGAAGAAAAGAAAUCACUGUUAGCCAAGUGCGCUGCAACGACGCUCUCGUCGAAGUUAAUAGGUGGUGAGAAAGAAUUCUUCGCUCCCAUGGUUGUCGAUGCUGUUCUUGCCAUUGGCGAUGAUGACAGACUUAACCUUAUUGGAAUAAAAAAGGUUCCAGGAGGUACUAUGCGAGAUUCCUUCCUUGUUAACGGCGUUGCCUUCAAGAAGACAUUUUCAUAUGCUGGAUUUGAGCAACAACCAAAGAAGUUCUUGAAUCCAAAGAUUCUUUUGCUGAACAUUGAGCUAGAGUUGAAAUCUGAGAAAGAAAAUGCAGAAAUCAGAUUGUCGGACCCUCUGCAGUACCAGUCAAUUGUUGAUGCUGAAUGGAACAUUAUUUAUGACAAGUUAGAAAAAUGUGUAAAAAGUGGGGCAAAAAUAGUGCUUUCACGGUUAGCAAUUGGUGAUCUUGCAACACAGUAUUUUGCAGAUAGGGACAUUUUCUGUGCUGGCCGCGUUACAGAAGAGGAUUUACAACGUGUUGCAGCGGCAUCUGGUGGAACCAUUCAGACAUCAGUGAACAAUGUCGUUGAUGAGAUUCUUGGUUCCUGUGAAGUUUUCGAGGAAAAGCAAGUGGGCAAUGAACGGUUUAACAUAUUUAGUGGUUGUCCUUCUGGUCAAACAGCAACCAUAGUGCUUCGUGGCGGUGCAGAUCAGUUCAUUGAGGAGGCUGAAAGAAGUCUCCAUGACGCUAUCAUGAUUGUUAGGAGAGCUUUCAAGAACUCAACAGUCGUGCCUGGUGGUGGUGCUAUUGAUAUGGAAAUAAGCAGGUAUCUCAGGCAGCAUGCGCGGUCCAUAGCUGGGAAGUCUCAAUUUUUUGUAAAUUCAUUUGCUAAAGCCCUUGAGGUAAUUCCAAGACAGCUUUGUGACAAUGCUGGAUUUGAUGCAACUGAUGUGUUGAAUAAGCUCAGACAGAAACAUGCAUCCGGUGAAGGUGCUAAUUAUGGUGUGGACAUCCACAAUGGUGGAAUUUCAGAUUCUUUGGCUAACUUUGUGUGGGAACCUGCAGUCGUGAAGAUCAAUGCCAUAAAUGCUGCAACUGAAGCUGCUUGUCUUAUUCUUAGUGUGGAUGAGACAGUAAAAAACCCCAAGUCUGAGAGUGCACAAGGUGAUGCUGCUGCUAUGGCUGGUCGGGGCCGAGGUGGAGCAGCCAUGCGUGGCCGUGGUGGAAGGGGUAUGAGGAGGUGGUAAUCAUGCCAUGCCACACUGUGACUUCUGGCCAGUCAUGCGGGUCAAAUUUUGGAGUUAGGUUCCUUCCUCUCCCUGCGCUCAGCCGGAACAAGCAUGUGUGCCCGUUGUGGGGGCGUUCAUGUGAGCUCUAUGAUUUCCUAAGUGUGCUAGUCGGAAAUUGCAAAUAUUGCUGUUAUGGUUUGCCUACCAGCUUGUGUAAUGUCACAGGCUGGCAGUUGCAGUCUAUGGUCCAUCUUGGUUCGUUUCCUGCAUAGCAUUUGGUAGGAUCAUCCUGUGAAAAAGAUUUAUGUACUGAGAUUGUAAAAUAUUAUUGGUUUCUCGUGCGAUAAGGCUGGCAUAGCAGAGGUAUUUUUACUGUGAAAUCUAUCUGUAACUGGUUGGUGAGAGAGAAUCCUAACCAGUGUUAUAAGCACA